AUGGCUAUCCCAAGUGUUGUUGAGUCAACCAAUGCGGGUGUUACUACUAACAUGGUGGAGAACCCGCUGGCUGAGCUCUUUGAAGUCCUCGGUAUUGCUGAACCCUCACUACUACUAUGGUUAUCUGCCGCAGAGUUAGAGACUGCUAUGGAAGGCCAACCUCUAAGUAAGAAGGUCUAUCUACGACGUACCCUCUCCACCUAUAUAGACGCCGAAGGCCCUAACUCUCAAGCUGCAAGUCUCUCUCGAAGGCCAGCAAACACAGUACAUCCACAGCAGGUUACAUCUUCUGCUCCCACUGUGCAGGUCUGCCCUCAAGGAGUGCCCCAGACCCCUCUCAUGCAAGGUCAACAACACCCUUGUAACAACGACAUCACCAACGUGGCGUACUGGUGCGAUCUAUCUUAUAACUAUGACAAGGAGAAGGCGCUUGAUACAACAAAGGCCAUCAAUGCUGUUUCCCAUAUCAA